AUGGAGGACUUUUCUCACCACGCCGACUUCCCGGACGAAAUAUCACGCCCAUAUUCGCCUCACGACGAAACCCUUGAUUUCCCGCAUCCCGACGAAGGCGCAGACGACGAGACGCAAUUGACCCAGGAUUGCGGGUACAAUUCGUCGGCUUCCUCGACCCAUCCAUCGUCGGGGGACAUUCUCGACGCCGAUUACGAUGAUGACGAGCUUCCCGGCCUGAAAUCCCGCGCAUCUAGCCGCUCCUCUGUCUCCUCGUUGCCGGGUUCGGUGUUCACUCAUUCGAUGGAAGGGGCGAAGACGAUUGCGCGCGAUGCGCAGGAGUCUGUGAUAUUCUGGGACGAUCGGUAUAACAAGGGCCAGGCGAGGGCAGAACCCGGGCUGAAGUCCCUUCAGGCGCUUCGGCAGCGGGAGUCGGCGUUCCGGAAACCGAGUUCGGUGAGGGCUUUGCAGAUGCAUACGGAAGACGAGGGCGACGAGGAGUAUCUCACGCCUCCGAGGCGCAGGGGUGGACAUCGCAUGUCAGAUAUCUCGAUGCGGUCUUCCCAUUCGUCGCCGUUGAAGAGGUCGCCUUACUACUCGCCAUCCGGGUCAGCAAGCAAGCAGAAGGUGAAGAAGGAGUAUCCACUCGUGCUGCUGCAUUGCACACUUCUUCCACCGUCGCUUCCGAUUCCAGGUCUGCUGGGACCCCCGGACCCGAAGGUUUUGAAGGAGGUGUUGCCCUCGGAGUAUUGGAGACGGUGGAAAUUGUUGGAAGAGAAGGUUGGUUCGGGUGUCCUCCGUGACCGUGGCGUACUGAUUUCGCAUCCCGAGGAUAUGUACGAUCUGCUCGAAGAUCGCCUCUUGGAGAGUCUGGAGCUGCAACAUCCGCGACUUGACCAUGGACAUUUCGUAGGGCACGAGGAGGGUGACUCGGAGAGGGAGGACCAGGCGAGUAAGGAGGAGAGCGAAACAGAUGGCGAGCAGGGCGAAGACUGCCCGGACUGUGGCGGACGUUUCCUCAAGAACAAUCACAGCAGGAAAUGGGAGAUCAAGGUUUUCGCCGCUAACGGACUCAUGAGGGCCGGUGCUUGGGCGGCCGCGUGGAAGGAGAUGGAGAAGGUGGAUGUUGAAGUCGGUCUCUGGCUUCCCUCGGAAUUGAGAAGGGAGCUAGAGAAACGGUUGCGUGACAGCGAGAUGUCGACCGCGCUCACUCGAAUCGAAGUUCCGCAGCUCGUUGAGCCCAUGAACGAGCCGGAGAUUCAGCCUUCGCUGCCUCAACCAUCUCCUUCUCUGUCCACCGUCAUGCCAGUCCUGUUCACUCCGGAACGCGCCUCGUCACCCAUUCCUCCCCCGAGCCCAACCCCGGCACCCAGACAGCAGCAUCGUCCAACACCGACUCACAAUCCCAUUUAUCCACCGAAGCCUGAAGUGGAGAUUGACCUCCACACUCUGCUGGUGAAUUACAUUCGGGUGCUGGCCAACGACCGACGCAACGUGGCAAUCGUGCUUCUUAGUAUUCUUGUAGUCUUCUUUGCGAUCGACUACCGGCCCAGAGCAGCUGCUCCCGACCUGCAUGUGUUUCCGCAAGAAGACGCGCUCAGCUCCACUUCGGUGCCGUCGAUGCAUAUUUCUCCGGCGCAGAGCUCCUCUGCAGUCUGGGCAACUCCAGUCAAAUCGAAUACCCAGGUGCCAAUUGCCCCAACGAGCUCAGUUGUCGCUAGCUCUUCAGCUUCUUAUCAAUCUUCCUCUGCCAGUGUGGUCAGCUCUGCGACGUCAGUGGCGGUUGCACAGACAGAGGAGCCCGCCGAUGUCGAGGUCAAACAAAGCGAGGAGACCAAACACAGCCCAGAAAUUAAAAAUAUGAAAUCUGCUGCGAUCGACUCCUCAAUGUCCCAACACCUACCCCCACAAGACGAUAAGAUCCUUGUCGACAUCGAAAACGAGAACCCUAAAGACGCAGACACAAACGAUGAAGCACCAGCUCCCAUCGUCGCACCCGCAGAAAAACAAAUCGACUUCAAAUUGGACGAGCCAGUCGAGCCUAGCCUCGAAAUCCCCGACACGACACUUAACGAUACACCCCGGGAAUCUCUAAUUGAGGUUCAGAAAAAGACCCGCGAACAUGACCCCAGCGAGGUCCACGAAAACGAAAUCCCGCUGAUCAAAACCCAGACAGCUAUGAAGGAACAACAGGCACUGAUUGCUACGACAUGA